AUGACAAUUAUUCCCCCAUUAACUAUACCAUCCAUUUUUCAACCUCUUAUCCAAGCGUGGGUAGCUUGGUUUACCGUCACAUUUUUUUCGUUACCAAUUGCCACUUUUUUUAUGUGGUGGGAUUUUCCAAGAUGUAUAUAUGGUCUUUUAUUCCAGAAAAAGCCAAGGGUUAUAUUAAUUACUGGUGCUGACACCCGUAUUGGUGAAAUGUUUGCUCUUGAAUACGCUCAAUCAGGCAACACAAUAGGACUUCUAUCAAGUGAUAAAUACAAAUUGAAUCGUCUAGCUGAUGAAUGCAACAAAAGGGGCGCUGAAACUUUUAAAUUAUAUGUCGAUAUUUCAAAUUUAGAAUUGUUAAGAGAUACAGUUGAAGAGUUCCUUAGUGAACGUCCGAUAGACUUAUUAAUUGCUAAUACCUCUCAAAAUGACAUAAUUAAAGAUGUUGAAACUCGAUGGGAAGAUAUGUUUGAACAAGUAAUUUUAACAAAUAUUAAUGGAAUUAUUGGUGUUAUUAUGUCCACGUAUAAGAGAAUGCAAGAUUUAGGAAAAGGACAAAUUGCAAUUAUUAAUCCCACAGCUAGUAAUAUUUCAAUUCCUCAAUUGAUUUAUCACAAUAUGACAAAGUCGGCACUUCUUUCCUUUUCUCGUGAUUUUCGAUACUUGGCCAAAAAACACAAUGUUAAUGUAUCUAUUAUUUCACCGGGAUUAAUCGACACCCAAAUGACUGCUAAAACGUUAUCCCCUAUUUCUAGUUUUAAAUUAUUUUUUGCAUCAGCGCAUAGCCUUGCUUUUAUUUCAAGAAUACAACUUCAACAAGGCAAUGUUGAAAUUGUCUGGCCCUUUUUGGAAACCUUACCUUUUUAUGCAUAUAAUAUUCUUCCGCCAAGAAUUAUUAAUACUGUUACUUAUUUUAUUGGUUUAAUUGGUGAUUUCUUUACUGGAACCAACAGCGUUGCUUGGGUUUAA